AUGACGACCGCGGCCUUCCCCGUCUCCUCGAUCUCGCGGGCCUGGGACGCCUCCUCCGUCACAUUGUGCUCUCCGCCGCGGCGGCGGCGCAAGGCCAUGGGACCGGGCACAAUCCGGGCGGCAAUGACGGGUGAGCUGCCCGACCCGGAAGCUACCGUCCGCGUUCCACCCCCGCCAACAACAAAGGGAUACUACGCCAAAGACGCAGUGGAGGACUACGACUGUGGCGCGGUCGAGGAGAUUGCUAUCGACGAGUAUGCCUCCCCUUCGUCCGACUCGGACUCGACGCGCUCGAGCCGAAGUGACGGCGACGGCAUAGUGAUUGGACCGGCGCUCCUGCCCGUGUUCCGCGCGACGGCGUUCGGGAUGCAACUCGACGGCAGAGUCCUCCCCUCGCACGUCGUGAGGAGGCACCGCACAGCACUCUUCAUCACCCCGCAACCCCGGACACUGUGUCCUGUCACCGGGGCGCUGCUCCUCGACGUGCAGCUUUACAACCUUGCCGUGCUCGACUUGCUCGUUGCGGGAGGACACCUCUCCCGCCCACUUGCGCUUGUCACUGUGUUCCGCCGUGCUAGCCUCAGACUCGUCGAGCUCCUCCGCCGGCUAGGAGAGGCAUACGCCCUCGCUGGGAGGUAUGAUGAGGGGGCGAAUGAGGAGCUGGAGCGGCUCAAGGCGGGCACACUGCUGCUGGCGGGGAAGGUGUGCCAGACUGCGCAAAAGGUCAUGAUGGUGGCUAGUUAG